ACUUGUUGUAAGAGUAUUGAAUGUUCGAUGGAUCGCCACCUACGCUUCCGACAUGGUUUUUGGUUAAAAGGCUUGUUGAUAUUUCUGCCCAAGAGAAAAAUAGUUUUUGGAGCACACACACAGUUGUUCUUUGGCGUCCGCAGUGUGCGCAUCUUAUAUAGCUCGACACCGGGUCGUAAAUGGUCGAGUCUCCUUACUUAACGGCAAAUGCUGUGCUGAGCAGUGCGUGGAUUUAUUUAUAGCAUUUGUGCUGAUUUUUAAAGUUCGUCUGCUGUGCAUAUAAAAAUCGGAAAAACCACAUUAAAAUUCCAAUUAACAUACAGGAAAAGAUACAAAAUAUACACAUAUAUACAUUGAUCUAUAAGUUGGAACAGCAUUGAUCGGUUUUUGUGUGCCCACGAAUUAUAUAACUAUGUAAUUGUUUGGCGGCUCUCUAGCAGCAAAGCAACACAAUGUCGAACAAAUUUCAACGCAGCUCGCCACAGAUGCUGAGCGUCGGUGCUGGCGGUGCCGGGGGCGGGGGCGUGGACGCAUCAAUCGUCUCCUCAACGACGACAAGCAAUCAGCCGCGUAAGCGCGUCAAGCGCUGCUGCAGGAACUUCGUCACAUUCAUGUGCACACAGGUGGGCGUCGGUGCUCUCAUCGUAUUCUAUGCGAUCUGUGGCGCCUUCGCCUUCAUGAACAUCGAGCGCGAAUAUGUGGACAAGACGGCGGCCCAUGUGCUCGAACUGAGACAGAAUUGUUCGCAGCGAUUGUGGAACAUCACCGAGGAGCAUAAUCUAAUUGAUAAGCCCAAGUGGGUCAACGAGACGAAUGUGGUGCUGCGUGAAUAUCAGAUGCAAAUCGCUGUGAUCAUUAAGAACGGCUAUGUGGGUCGUAGUCCGGCACAGAUCUGGAGCUUUCCGGCUGCCCUGAUGUUCUGCCUCUCUGUCAUCACAAUGAUUGGCUAUGGAAAUAUGGCGCCGCGUACGCCCUGGGGCAAGGGCUUUACUGUUAUCUACGCCACCUUUGGCAUACCCCUCUAUAUACUCUAUUUUCUCAAUAUGGGUCGUGUCCUGGCGCGUUCCUUUAAGUUUCUGUAUCGGUCGAUGCACGACUGCACGCAGGAGCGCAGCUACGAUGCCAGAUUGGAGGCCCUGGAGAAUGGCGGUAGUCUGGGUGCACUGACGUUGCGCAAAAAGAUCAUUGUCCCAUCGACCGCCUGUCUGUGGGUGAUCAUAUUCUAUGUGCUCACGGGCACCAUCAUGUUUGCCAAUUGGGAGAAAUGGAGCUUCUUGAAUAGCUUCUACUUCUGCAUGACGUCGCUGUGUAAAAUUGGAUUUGGUGAUUUUGUGCCGGGCGCAUCGCUGACCACUGCUGCCGAUGUGGAUGCGGCGAUGCAAAAGCUACGUGAAGAUAUUGCCGCCGAUCCCAAUGAGUUGCCGGAUCUGCAGCGUGUCACCGAUCAAAACUCAAAGUUAGCCAUUAACUUUAUAUACAUGCUGCUGGGCAUGGGCCUGGUGGCCAUGUGUCGCAAUCUGAUGCGCGAAGAGGUCAGAGUCAAGCUCAAGGAGAUGAAGGAGGACGCCAAACUGUGUGUGGAGGAUACGCGUCUUCGUUUCGUUGGCUGCUGUGGGGAUCCUCGCGAUGUCUAUGAAAAUGAUUAUUACUAAUACCGAAUGUUCGUCUGAGUGUGUGUGUGUGU